AUGGGGGACCAUCGGCAAAAUGUGCUCAGCCUUUGCCAUACCUCGGAGACGGACGACAUCUCGGAAAGGGGACAGGACGAUGACCCUCUGGGCUUCCAGAACCCUGUGUAUGAGAGCCGACUGUCCAAGUACCAAGACCUAGAUGAUGGGGAACUGGGGUUCGAAGACCAAGAAGAGGAAAUCCCCCCCGAGGAGGUGAAUGAGGAAGAAAUUACAGGUGCCCAGGCGCCAGGAAAGGCCCUCACAGCGUUGGAGAGGGCCCGGGGGAAAGAGGAAGAGGAGGGUGUGACGGAGAUGAGCCGGCUGUCCAUCACCCAGAGGUCCCCCAGCCUCUCCGUGGGAAGAGGGAAGAAGAAGAAGAGGAGGAGGCUUCUCGAGCUGGCAAAACCCAAGGCCAACUGGAAAAGCUCGAGAGACAAGAUGGGGUGCCGCUGUAAGGGCUUUGUCUGGAUCUCCCCAUGCAUGAGGAACUUGCAGUUCUGUAUCUACUGGCCAUCGGUGUACUGGACAGAGAGGUUUAUGGAAGACACCACCCUCACCGUCACCGUGCCUGCAGUGUCCCCCCGAAUGGAGGAACUUGCUCGACCCAAAAAGUUCCACAUGGAGAAUUACAACUGCAAUAGAAUGUGUCGGGUUUUGCUUUUCCCACAUAGAAUGCCCGUUUCUCCAUGCACCUUGGAAUACCAACUCUCUAAUCGCCUGAGGCAACUGGCUGCCCCGAAGGUCCGGAAUAACAUUUGGAGCAUAGACAUGUCUGAGGUAUCCAAGGUGUCCAAGGCAGCCAUGACGGCCAUCCCCAGUGCAAGGGUCGUGCAGUUGGCAAAGCCCAGGCCUCCGGCCACACUUUUGGAAGAGUGGGACCCUGUGCCAAAACCUAAGCCACAUGCAUUAGACUAUAACCGGCUCAUUCACUUGGCCAUGCCCAAGGCCCUGUCAGACCAGUGUGUCCUUGACCGAGAUCCACGCUGGGAAGUGCUGGACGUCACCAAGAAGGCAGUGGCCAGUCCCCGGACCCGCUUUCUGGCCAAGCCCAAAGUGCGAAAGGAGCUCAAUGAGGGCUAUGACCCCUACUACAUUUCCCGGGCUUCCCUGGUGGCUCGGGCAUCCCCUCGCCUGUAUGAGCUCGCCACCCCCAAAAGCAUCACUAAAAAAGUGUGACCGAUCCAGGCCAUGCCUCUGAGGCCUCAUUCCCAGUAAACACCCAAGUGCUAAACACCUUGUAUGUGUGGCUGGCUCUG